UCCUCUUACUUAGAGAUGGAAAAAAGAGGAAAGGAUUCUUCAAAAUUAGAAGGAGAAUCCAAAAGGACUUCAGAAAAUGAAGCAAUGAAAAGAUGUUAUUCUCCCACUAAUGAACAGGGGUUCCAACGCGGGUCAUCAUAUUCUAAGCACAGUAAGAGUGCUUCCCGUUAUAAAUCUACCCCUUCAAAACCUGCACCCAAGUCUGAUAAAUUUAAAAAUUCUUUCUGUUGUACAGAAUUGAAUGCGGAAAUCAAACAGUCUCAAUCUUUUAGUUUACAGACUCCUUGUUCAAAAGGUAGUGAAUUAAGAGUGAUUAGUGAAGUUCCUGAAAGAGAGAAGACUGGGUCUCCAUCUCCAUCAAAUCGAUUAAAUGAUUCACCUACUUUUAAAAAGUUAGAUGAAUCACCUGUUUUUAAGUCUGAAUUUAUAGGACAUGAUAGCCACGAUAGUACUAAGGAAUUAGACUCUUUAUGUAAAGUGAAGAAUGAUCAAUUAAGAAGUUAUUGUCCCACCGAAUUUAAUAUAAACGGAUCUCCUGGGGCAGAAUCUGAUUUGGCAACAUUUUGCACUUCUAAACGUGACACUGUUUUGAUGUCUUCUGAUGAUAGUGUGACUGGAUCAGAGGUAUCCCCUUUGGUCAAAACGUGCAUGCUUUCAUCAAAUGGAUUUCAAAACAUUAAUAGAUGUAAAGAAAAAGACAAGGAUGAUACUCGCAUGCAGCAUAGUAAGUCAGAAAGCCCAUUUAGAGAAGAACCUCCAGUGUUGCCACACCAGGAUCAACUCAUAUCUUUGCCAGUUAUGACUAUAGAUUAUUCCAAAACAAUAGUUAAAGAACCAGUUGAUGUAGUUUCUUGCUGUAAAACCAAAGAUUCAGAUAUAUACUGUACUUCAAAUGACAACUGCCCUUCUUUGUGUCAUUCCGGAGCUGAAAAUACUGAGCCUUUAGUAACGAAGAUUUCUUCAAAUAGCUUUAUGAAUGUGCAUUUGAAAUCAAAAACAGUUAUAUGUGAUAAUGGAAGUCUGACAGAUCAGCACUCAAAAUUUGCAUGUGGAGAAUCUAAGCAGAGUGUUGGUAGUACUAGUUCAGCUUCUGUUAAUCAUUUGGAUGAUUUAUAUCCACCUACAGGGAGCUCAUGUACUGCUUCAUCUCUUCAGAGCCUUCCAGCAGGGACAAGCGUAGACAGUUUAACUCUCUUGCAAUGUGGAGAGAAUACAUCUCCAGUUUUGGAUGCUGUGCUGAAGAGUAAAAGCUCGGAGUUUUUAAAGCAUGCAGAGAAAGAAAUAAUAGAAGUAGCCGGUGGCCUUCCUGAUGCAGGAAGAGCAUUUGCUUCCUGGGGAAACAGGCAUAAUAAUGGACUAUCUGGGAAAUGCGUGCAAGAGGCUCAAGAAGAAGGGAUCUCCAUACUGCCUGAUAGAAGAGCAAGACCAGAAAUCUCUUGAGGUGAAGACGGUGGAAGAGGACAUGCACGUCCUUCUGAUGACUCAGAAGUUGUAUUUUCUUCUUGUGACUUGAAUUUAAUCAUGGAGGACAGUGACGGUGUAACAUAUACCUUAAAAUGUGACCGUAGUGGUCAUGCCUCAGAGAUUGUAUCCACUGUCCAUGAAGAUUAUUCUGGUUCUUCCAAAAGUUCAAGUGAUGAAAGUGAUUCGGAAGAUACAGAUUUUGAUGAUAGCAGUAUCCCAAGAAACCGUCUUCAGUCUGUUGUGGUUGUGCCGAAGAAUUCUACUUUGCCCAUGGAAGAAACAAGUCCUUCUUCUUCUCGGAGCAGUCAAAGUUACAGACACUAUUCUGACCACUGGGAAGAUGAGCGAUUGGAGCCAAGGAGGCAUUCAUAUGAGGAAAAAUUUGAGAGUAUAGCAAGUAAAGCCUGUCCUCAAACUGAGAAGUUCUUUCACAAAGCAACAGAGAAGAAUUCAGAAAUCUCUCUUACACAGCCCAGCCGAAAACAGAUAGAUAAUCACCUGUCUGAAAUUGCCCAUCCUCAGAGAGAUGGGGUUUAUAGUACAAGUCAUACAGACAUAAAAUCUGACCCUCUAGGUCAUCCAAAUUCUGAGGAAGCAGCGAAAGCCAAAAUAACUUCUCGGCAGCAAGAAGAGCUGCCAGUUUAUUCUUCUGAUGAUUCUGAAGAUGUCUCAAGUAAGUCUCGGCAACAGACCACUUUCCCUAACAGGCCAGAUAGUAGACUGGGAAAAACAGAGUCAAAUUUUUCUUCUUGGGAGAUCUCCCAAGUGGAUGGUUUCCAUUCAUCAUCGGAAGAGCUCAGAAAUCUAUGGUGGGACUUCUCUCAACAAGAAAAGCCUACUACCACGUAUCAGCAACCUGACAGCAGCUAUGGAGCCUGUGGUGGACAGAAGUAUCAGCAAAGUGCAGAACAGUAUAGUGGGACACAUAAUUACUGGCAAGGCAAUGGCUACUGGGAUCCAAGAUCAGCAGGUAGACCACCUGGAACUGGGGUUGUGUAUGAUCGAAUUCAAGGGCAGGUACCAGGUUCCUUAACAGAUGACUGUGAAGAGGAGGAAAAUUGGGAUCAACGUGGAGGAUCUCACUUUUCAGGCCAGUCCAAUAAAUUUUUUCUGUCCCUUCAGAAGGACAAGGGGUCAGUGCAAGCACCUGAAAUAAGCAGCAAUUCCAUUAAGGACUCUUUAGCUGCGAAUGAGAAGAAAGAUCUUUCGGAAAACUUAGAACAAAAUGAUAGGAAAGAUAAAGGGCCUCUUAAAAAAAGGAGACAGGAGUUGGAGAGUGAUUCUGAAAGUGACGGUGAGCUUCAGGACAGAAAGAAAGUCAGAGUGGAGGUAGAGCAGGGAGAGACAGCAGUGCCUCUAGGCUCAGCAUUGGUUGGGCCUUCGUGUGUCAUGGAGGACUUCAGGGACCCAGAGCGGUGGAAGGAAUGUGCCAAACAAGGGAAGAUGCCUUCUUAUUUUGAUCUGAUUGAAGAAAAUGUUUAUUACAGAAAGAAGAAUAAAUCCCAUCGGGAUUUUAAGCGAAUGCAGUGUGAGUGUACACCUCUUUCUAAAGAUGAAAGAGCUCAAGGUGAAAUAGCAUGUGGGGAAGAUUGUCUUAAUCGUCUCCUCAUGAUUGAAUGUUCGUCUCGUUGUCCAAAUGGGGAUUAUUGUUCCAAUAGACGGUUCCAAAGAAAACAGCAUGCAGAUGUGGAAGUCAUACUCACAGAAAAGAAAGGCUGGGGCUUGAGAGCUGCUAAAGAUCUUCCUUCGAACACCUUUGUCCUGGAAUAUUGUGGAGAGGUACUUGAUCAUAAAGAGUUUAAGGCCCGGGUAAAGGAGUAUGCACGAAACAGAAACAUCCACUACUAUUUCAUGGCCCUGAAGAAUGAUGAGAUAAUAGAUGCCACUCAGAAAGGAAAUUGCUCCCGGUUCAUGAAUCACAGCUGUGAACCAAACUGUGAGGCUCAAAAAGGGACUGUGAACGGACAACUGAGAGUUGGGAUUUUUACCACCAAACUGGUUCCUUCAGGCUCAGAGUUAACAUUUGACUAUCAGUUCCAGAGAUAUGGCAAGGAAGCACAGAGAUGUUUCUGUGGGUCGGCUAAUUGCCGGGGUUACCUGGGAGGAGAGAACAGAGUCAGCCUCAGAGCAGCAGGAGGGAAAAUGAAGAAAGAACGAAUUCGGAAGAAGGAUUCAGUGGAUGGAGAGCUAGAAGGUCUGAUGGAGAAUGGUGAGGGUCUCUCUGAUAAAAACCAGGUGCUCAGCUUAUCCUGGCUAACGGUUAGAAUUGAAACUUUGGAACAGAAACUUACCUGUCUCAAGCUCAUACAGAACACACAUUCACAGUCUUGCCUGAAGUCCUUUCUGGAAUGUCAGGGGCUGCCUUUGUUGUGGAUCUGGAUGGCAGAGCUACGUGAUGGCCGGGAAAGUAACCAGAAGCUUCAGGAAGAGAUUAUAAAGACUUUGGAACAUCUACCCAUUCCUACUAAAAAUACGUUGGAGGAAAGCAAAGUGCUUCCUAUUAUUCAACGUUGGUCUCAAAUCAAGACUGCUGUCCCUCAGCUGAGCAAAGGAGAUGGGUAUUCUAGCGAGAAUACAUCACGUGCUCACACACCACUCAACACACCUGAUCCUUCCACCAAGCUGAGCAUAGAAGCUGACACAGACACCCCCAAGAAGCUAAAGUUUCGCAGACUUAAAAUUAUAAGUGAAAAUGGCAUGGACAGUGCGAUCUCUGAUGCUACCAGCGAGCUAGAAGGCAAGGAUGGCAAAGAGGACCUUGACCAGUUAGAAAACGUCCCUAUAGAAGAAGAGGAACAACAGCUACUCACACAACAGCUGCCUGAAUCUAAAGUUGAUAGUGACAUUGCUGUGGAGACCAUUAAGCUACCCACAUCUGAACCAGAGGCUGACACUGAAAUAGAGCAAGAGAGCAAUGGCACAAAACUAGACGAACCUAUUGCUGAGGAAACACCACCCCAAGAUGAAGAGGAGGGUGUAUCUGAUGUGGAGAGUGAGAGGAGCCAGGAACAGCCACAUAAAACAGUAGAUAUAAGUGAUUUGGCCACCAAGCUCCUGGACAGUUGGAAAGACCUAAAGGAGGUAUAUCGAAUUCCAAAGAAAAGGCAAACUGAAAAGGAGAGCACAAUAACCGAACGAGGAAGGGAUGCUUUGGGCUUCAGAGAUCAAACAGUUGCCCCAAAGACUCCUAACAGGUCAAGAGAGAGAGACCCAGACAAACAAACUCAAAAUAAAGAGAAAAGGAAACGAAGGGGCUCCCUCUCACCACCACCUUCUGCCUAUGAGCGGGGAACAAAAAGGCCAGGUAGCAGAUAUGAUACACCAACUUCUAAAAAGAAAGUACGAAUUCAAGAUCGCAAUCAACUUUCUACAGAGGAGCGUCGAAAGUUGUUUGAGCAGGAGGUAGCUCAGCGGGAGGCUCAAAAACAACAGCAGCAGAUGCAGAACCUGGGAAUGGCGUCUCCACUGCCCUGUGACACUCUUGGCUACCAUGCCCCUCAUCACCCCUUUGCUGGCUACCCACCAGGUUACCCCAGGCAGGCCUAUGUGGAUCCCAGCAAUCUUAAUGCUGGAAGGGUGCUCCUCCCCACACCCAGCAUGGAUCCUGUGUGUUCUCCUUCCCCUUAUGAUUAUUCUCAGCCCUUGGUGGGACAUUCUACAGAACCCCUUGCUGCCCCUCCACCUGUGCCCAUGGUGCCACAUGUGGCAGCCCCUGUGGAAGUUUCCAGUUCACAGUAUGUGGCCCAAAGUGAUGGUGUGGUACACCAAGACUCCAGGGUCACCGUCCUGCCACUGCCAGCCCCAGGCCCAGUCCAGGGACAGAAUUAUGGUGUUUGGGAUUCAAACCAACCGUCCGUGAGUGUACAGCAGCAGUACUCUCCUGCACAGUCUCAAGCAACCUUAUAUCAUCAAGGACAGGCUGCUCCAACUGUCUGUGGUGUGACGUCACCCUAUUCACAGACAACUCCACCAAUUGUACAGAGUUGCCAGCCAAGUCUUCAGUACAUCCAGGGACAGCAGAUUCUCACAGCUCACCCACGAGGAGUGGUGGUACAGCCAGCCACAGCUGUGACUACAAUAGUUGCACCAGGGCAGCCUCAGCCCUUCCAGCCACCUGAAAUGGUUGUGACAAAUAACCUCUUGGACUUACCACCCCCAUCUCCUCCCAAACCAAAAACCAUUGUCUUACCUCCCAACUGGAAGACAGCCCGAGACCCAGAAGGGAAGAUUUACUACUCCCAUGUGAUCACAAGGCAGACUCAGUGGGAUCCUCCUACUUGGGAAAGCCCAGGAGAUGAUGCCAGCCUUGAGCAUGAAGCUGAGAUGGACCUGGGAACCCCAACAUAUGAUGAAAAUCCCAUGAAGACCUCAAAAAAGCCUAAGACAGCAGAAGCAGACGCCUCCAGUGAACUGGCUAAGAAAAGCAAACAAGUAUUCAGAAAAGAGAUGUCCCAGUUCAUCGUCCAGUGCCUGAACCCUUACUGGAAACCUGACUGCAAAGUGGGAAGAAUUACCACAACUGAAGAUUUCAAACACCUAGCUCGCAAGCUGACUCACGGCGUUACGAAUAAGGAGCUGAAGUACUGUAAGAACCCCGAGAACCUGGAGUGCAAUGAGAAUGUGAGACACAAAACCAAGGAGUACAUUAAGAAGUACAUGCAGAAGUUUGGGGCUGUUUACACACCCAAACGGGACACUGAAUUAGAGUGACCUUCAGGGCCAGGGUGGGAGGACGGGCAAGCUGGUAGGAGAGACUCUGGGGAGAAGAAAUCCCGUGGGCCCUCUCUCCCCACCCCACUGUCAGGGCUGUGCUACUGAUGACACAUCACCCUGGGGAAUUCAAACC